AUGGCACAGCCGGGGAGGGCAGUGUCCCUCCCUCAGAAGCGCUAUUACAGGCAGAGAGCUCAUUCUAACCCCAUGGCCGAUCACACCUUCCAGUACCCUGAAUAUUUUAAGUCUUUAUCAUCUGAUACCCGGCACGAUGAUGUAAAGGACAUGGCAGAGAGGAAGGAAGAGCUUCAGGUGGAGUUUGCGGAUGUUGGCUGUGGAUAUGGUGGAUUAUUAGUGGAACUGUCUCCGUUAUUUCCAAAUAAACUCAUGCUUGGACUGGAGAUACGUGUCAAGGUGUCCGACUAUGUGCAAGACAGAAUCAAGUCACUGAGAGCAAGUAAUCCGGGUCACUACCAGAAUAUUGCCUGCAUCAGAAGCAAUGCUAUGAAAUACCUACCUAACUUCUUCAAAAAAGGACAGCUGAGUAAGAUGUUCUUCCUGUUUCCUGAUCCUCACUUUAAGAAGACAAAGCAUAAAUGGAGGAUUAUUAGCUCCACGCUGCUAGCAGAAUACGCAUAUAUACUGCGAGUUGGGGGGUUGGUAUAUACAAUCACAGAUGUAGAAGAAGUUCAUGAAUGGAUGGUGAAACACUUCACAGAGCAUCCACUGUUUGAGCGGGUCUCAAAAGAACAAUUGGCAGACGACAUCAUCAUAGACAAAUUGGGUACAUCUACAGAAGAAGGAAAGAAAGUUCAGCGUAAUAAAGGACAAAACUUCCUGGCUGUAUUUCAGCGGGUAGAAAACAGGACAUUCAGAAAUAAAGAAAUGUAA